AUGGACGCGUCGGGGUUGGCAGUGGCGGCGGCGGCACCGGCGACAGCACCCCAGACGACCGCCAUUCCGGCGGCUCGGCAGCAACCAAGUCAGUUUGACAGCAGCAGGUUCAAGCUGCACAGCCAGGGGGCAGAGGCGCGGGUGUGGGAGGGCAGCCUACAUGCCGGGCCCAUCAUCGUCAAGCAACGGUUCAGCAAGCAGUAUCGGCACCCGCUGCUGGACGCCAAGCUCACCGUUUCGCGGCUGAAGCAGGAAGUGCGCAGCAUGAUGCGGGCCCGCAAGCUGGGGGUGCGCACGCCAGUCCUGCACCUGGUGGACCAUGUGGCCAGCUGCAUCUACAUGGAGCGGGUUGAGGGGCACAGCAUCAAAGCGCUGCUGCAGCAGCGCAGCCUGGCAGAGGCAGAUCUAGACACGCUGCUGCUGUCUGUGGGACGUGCGAUUGCCAAACUGCACGACGGCGGGCUGGUGCACGGGGACCUGACCACCAGCAACAUGAUGCUGCGCCAAGCGGACCAGCAGCUGGUGCUUAUAGACUUUGGGCUGAGCUACAACACCACCAUCCCAGAGGACAAGGCGGUGGACCUGUAUGUGCUGGAGCGGGCAUUUGCCAGUGGACGUGGCCUCAUUAUGGCGGCUGGUACUUGCUUGCAGUUUGACAAGAUCUUGGAGUCCUACCGCCGUGCUUCCAAGUACUGGAGCGGCACUCUCAACCGAUUUGCCGAAGUGCGCAUGCGGGGGCGCAAGCGGGCCAUGGUGGGAUGA